AUGCCUACUCCAGUGAAUACCGAGCAGAUUCUGAAGGAUGUUAACAUCCUCGGAAGACUAGACGAUCAGAGACGGCGAAUCCUGUCCAAGGAAGCCACCAUCUUCCUCGCUGUCCUCCACCGCACGUUCAACGCCAGACGAAAGGCUCUCCUCGAGAGACGCCAGAUCCGCCAGCAAGAGCUUGACAAGGGCACUCAGCUUGAUUUCCUCCCAGAGACCAGACACAUCCGCGAGAAUGAUGCGUGGAGAGGCGCAAAGCCAGCGCCUGGUCUUGUUGACCGCAGAUUGGAGAUUACCGGUCCAGUCGACAGGAAGAUGGUUGUCAACGCAUUGAAUGCCGACGUCUGGACAUACAUGGCGGAUUUCGAAGACGCUAGCUCUCCUACCUGGGACAAUAUGAUCAACGGCCAGGUGAACCUUUACGAUGCGAUUCGCAAGCAGAUCGAUUUCAAGCUUGGUGAGAAGGAGUAUAAGCUCCGAACUGACCGCACCCUUCCCACAUUGAUCGCCCGUUCCCGUGGCUGGCAUCUCGAGGAGAAGCACUUCACCGUGGAUGGCGAGCCGAUCUCUGCCUCGCUCUUCGAUUUUGGUCUGUACUUCUUCAACAACGCCUUUGAGCUUGUCAAGCGCGGAACUGGUCCAUACUUCUACCUCCCGAAGAUGGAGAGCCAUCUCGAGGCUCGUCUUUGGAACGAUGUCUUCAACCUUGCUCAGGACUACAUCGCAAUGCCGAGAGGCACUAUCCGUGGAACGGUGCUGAUCGAGACCAUUCCCGCUGCUUUCGAGAUGGACGAGAUCAUUUAUGAGCUCCGCGAUCACUCUGCCGGCCUCAACUGCGGUCGUUGGGACUAUAUCUUCUCCGUCAUCAAGCGUUUCCGUCAAAACAGCCAAUUCGUACUUCCUGAUCGAUCGGCUGUGACCAUGACUGUUCCAUUCAUGGACGCGUACGUCAAGCUUCUCAUCAAGACCUGCCAUCGUCGUCAAGUCCAUGCCAUGGGUGGUAUGGCUGCUCAGAUCCCAAUCAAGAACGAUGAGGAGGCGAACAAGAAGGCCAUGGACGGCGUCCGUGCCGACAAAUUGCGUGAGGUGCGAGCUGGCCACGACGGUACCUGGGUUGCCCACCCAGCUCUUGCCGUGAUCGCUGGCGAGGUCUUCAACGAGCACAUGCCAACCCCCAACCAGUUCCACGUCCGAAGAGAGGAUGUCCAAGUCAACGCCAACGAUCUCCUCAACAUGAAUGUUCCAGGUGUCAUCACCGAGGACGGCAUCAGGAAGAACCUGAACAUCGGCCUCGGCUACAUGGAGGGUUGGCUUCGUGGUGUUGGUUGCGUGCCAAUCAAUUACCUCAUGGAGGACGCUGCUACGGCUGAAGUAUCCCGAUCACAGCUCUGGCAAUGGUGUCGACAUGGUGCCAUGACUCAAGAAGGCAAGAAGCUUGACAAGCAGUACGCUCUCAAGCUCUUGUACGAGCAAGCAGCAGAACUCGAGAAGAAUGCGCCAAAGGGUAACAAGUACCAACUUGCUGCCAAGUACUUCGCCACUCAAGUGACUGGCGAGGAAUAUGCGGAGUUCUUGACAUCACUUUUGUACAACGAGAUCACAAAUGCGGGCGAGAAGCUUCCUGCUGCCAAGUUGUAGCUUGGUAGAAUAGCAUGAAAGUGCUUUUUAAUUUUAUGGAGCGAUUCGAUCUUGCAAAAAUGAAGGACUGGGUAUACUGUACAGUUAUUGAGGCAGAGAAUUGAAUGAGCAUGACCAGGAAUCG